AAAAUUACCUGAGAAAAUCAACUAGCCGUUGAGAGAACCCAAAUUCAAAAAUCGAUCCCUCUCUCGAAAAGUCACAUACCCACAUACUCCAUCUAAAUAGCUUUUCUUCUCUCUCUCUCUCUCUCUCUCUCUCUCUCUCUCUCUCUCUCUCAUCUUAGAUCCGUUAGCAAGCAUUCUCUAAUCGAUUCGUGUGGGUUUAAUUUGGUCGAAUCCGAGUGCGGGUCUGAUCGAAAUCUCUACAGACUGCAGAUAACUCAGCUGGUUAUAUAACGAGCUUUUACAGUGUCAGGGCGAACUUUAAAUCUAUAGAGUAAAAUGAAAGUAAAAAAUCCUGGUACAACACCAGUUUCAAAAAUAGAGAGGACACCAGUAUCAACUCCAGGUGGCUCCAAAGUAAAGGAAGAGAAAAUCGUUGUAACAGUACGUUUACGACCUUUGAAUAAGCGGGAGCAGUUGGCCAAAGACCAAGUAGCAUGGGAGUGCAUUGAUGAACACACGAUCGUGCACAAACCACCGACCCAAGAGCGUGCAACUCAACCAGCUUCGUUUACCUUUGAUAGAGUCUUUGGUCCAGCUUGUUUAACUGAAUCAGUAUAUGAGGAAGGAGUGAAGAAUGUUGCUUUGUCUGCUCUAAUGGGCAUCAAUGCAACCAUCUUUGCAUAUGGGCAAACAAGCAGCGGGAAAACUUACACAAUGAGAGGAAUCACAGACAAAGCUGUCCACGAUAUCUAUAAGCACAUAAUGAAUACUCCUGGGAGAGAUUUUAGAAUAAGAAUUUCUGGACUAGAAAUCUACAAUGAGAAUGUCAGAGACCUCUUGAAUUCAGAAUCUGGUCGCAAUCUCAAGCUUUUAGAUGAUCCAGAGAAAGGAACUGUGGUUGAGAAGUUGGUAGAAGAAACAGCAAACAAUGAUCAGCAUCUAAGGCAAUUGAUCAGUAUAUGUGAGGCCCAAAGGCAAGUGGGUGAAACUUCCCUAAACGAUACUAGCUCGCGGUCGCACCAGAUAAUAAGGCUGACAAUAGAAAGUAUCCAUCGUGAAAGUUCAGAUUGCGUGAGAUCUUACGUGGCAAGCCUGAACUUUGUAGAUCUAGCUGGUAGCGAAAGAGCAUCUCAGACGAAUGCCGACGGUGCUAGGCUUAGGGAAGGCUGCCAUAUUAACCUAAGCUUGAUGACUCUCACAACUGUCAUUAGGAAGCUCAGUGUCGGGAAAAGAAGUGGUCAUAUACCCUACAGAGAUUCCAAGCUCACACGCAUCCUGCAGCACUCGCUUGGUGGGAAUGCUCGCACUGCCAUCAUAUGCACUUUGAGCCCAGCACUCAGCCAUGCUGAACAAUCAAGGAACACUCUCUACUUUGCUACCCGAGCAAAGGAAGUGACAAAUAAUGCCCAAGUUAAUAUGGUUGUUCCAGAUAAGCAGCUUGUAAAACAUUUGCAGAAGGAAGUAGCUAGACUGGAAGCAGAAUUGCGCACCCCAGAUCCAUCUAAUGAAAAAGAUUGGAAAAUUCAGCAGAUGGAGAUGGAAAUCGAAGAACUGAGGCACCAAAGAGAUCUUGCACAAUCCCAAGUAGAUGAAUUGCGUAGAAAGCUUGAGGAUGAACAACAGAUACCUCAGGGUUUAAAGCCAUAUGAAUCACCAUUGCCAGUAGUGAAGAAGUGUCUAUCUUUCUCUGGGACAUUAUCACCGAAACUUGAUGAUGGCAAGGAGACAAACCGUGGCAAUAACAUAAGAAAUACAAUGGGAAGGCAGACAAUGAGGCAGUCAUUGAUGACUCCUUUCACACUAAUGCAUGAAAUCAGGAAACUUGAACAACUUCAGGAGCAACUCGGAGAAGAAGCAAAUCGAGCUCUAGAAGUACUUCAAAAGGAGGUCGCUUGUCAUAAACAAGGUAACCAAAAUGCUGCAGAGACCAUUGCUAAGCUUCAAGCAGAAAUAAGGGAAAUGUGUGCAAUCCGACAAACCCCAAAAGAAUUUGAAGUUGGAAAUGUGGUUCCUGUUAACAAGAGUGUUAGUGCCAACCUCAAGGAGGAAAUAACCAGACUUCAUUCGCAAGGAAACAAUAUUGCAGAUCUUGAGGAACAGCUUGAAAAUGUUCAGAAGUCCAUAGACAAAUUGGUAACGUCUCUUCCCACUGAUCAGCAAUCAAAGAGCGAAUCAAAAAAGAAGAAAUUGCUUCCUUUAGCUUCAAGUAAUGGUGCCAACCGGCACAACUUCAUACGAUCACCAUGCUCACCUCUAUCAACAACUCAUCAAGUGGUGGGGACUGAGAUUGAAAACAGAGCCCCUGAAAAUGGUGCUGUUACACCUAGUGACACCCCACAAGUGUCUGAGAAAGAUACCCCUACAAGGAGUGAAGAAGGUGGAGAUACCUCAUCAAAGGAAGGUACCCCAUAUCGCCGUUCGAGUUCAGUCAAUAUGAGGAAAAUGCAGAAGAUGUUCCAGAAUGCAGCAGAGGAAAAUGUGAGAAGCAUUCGAGCUUACGUGACAGAACUAAAAGAACGUGUAGCAAAAUUGCAAUACCAAAAGCAGCUACUUGUUUGCCAGGUGCUUGAGCUGGAAGCAAAUGAAGUAGCUGGAUAUGAUGUAGAGAAUGAUGAAAACAGAACUGAGAUACAAGAGGCAUCACCAGCUGCAUGGAAUGUGAUUUUCAGGGAGCAGAGGCAGCAGAUCAUUGAGUUAUGGGAUGUGUGUCAUGUUUCAAUAAUCCACAGGACACAGUUCUAUUUGUUAUUCAAGGGAGACCCAGCUGAUCAGAUAUACAUGGAAGUGGAACUCCGGCGCUUGACUUGGUUGCAGCAGCACUUGGCUGAACUCGGAAAUGCAAGCCCAGCUCGCUUUGGCAAUGAGCCUACAAUCUCUUUAUCAUCAAGUAUUAGAGCAUUGAAGCGUGAAAGGGAAUUCCUUGCGAAGAGGUUAACUACGCGUUUAACUGCUGAGGAGAGAGAUGCAUUAUACAUAAAAUGGGAAAUCCCACUAGAUGGAAAGCACAGGAGAAUCCAGUUCAUAAACAGGCUUUGGACAGAUCCUCAUGAUCCGAAACAUGUGCAGGAGAGUGCUGACAUAGUAGCGAAACUUGUAGGCUUCUGCGAAAGUGGAAAUUUGUCGAAGGAGAUGUUUGAGCUGAACUUUGUGCUUCCAUCUGAUAAAAGGCCGUGGCUUAUGGGGUGGGACCAAAUUUCAAACCUUCUUCCGUUGUGAGAAACAACGGUAAAAUUUUAUAAGUACAUCCCAUUCUAUAUUUGCGUAACGUGUAUGAAAUGGAUAUUGGAGUCUACCUCAGAAAUUUGGGUUCCUUACUUUGUUGUGUCUGGUCGAUGAUGAACACACUGUGCAUCAUGAUUCUAUGUUUUUUAUUUUUUGUAAUUAUCAUUUCUUGUGAUGAUAUUUGGGGUUUCUGCAAUUGUAGUAGUCUCAAUCUUUCAGUAGUCUCAAUCUUUCAAUAAAUUAACGUGGAUAUUGUUUCUC